CCGGAAGAGAGGCCCUGGGGGUUGGUGGUGCCCCGGCCGGGGCGAUGGAAGCGAGCGGCGGGCGCGGCUGGGUCUGAGGGGGAGUCGCGGCCUCUCUGGAGCCGGCAGGUUGAUUCUGCUUUAGGAUAAUGGCAGGAAAAGUAAAGUGGGUAACUGACAUAGAAAAAUCUGUUCUAAUAAACAACUUUGAAAAAAGAGGCUGGAUUCAGGUGGCAGAAAAUGAAGACUGGAAUUUUUAUUGGAUGAGUGUACAAACAAUCAGAAAUGUUUUCAGCGUGGAAACUGGUUACCGCCUCUCCGAUGACCAGAUUGUCAAUCAUUUCCCAAACCACUAUGAACUGACCAGAAAAGAUUUGAUGGUAAAGAAUAUCAAGCGAUACAGGAAAGAACUUGAGAAAGAAGGAAGUCCACUUGCAGAAAAGGAUGAAAAUGGGAAAUACAUUUAUUUGGAUUUUGUUCCUGUUACUUUUAUGCUUCCGGCCGAUUAUAAUCUCUUUGUUGAAGAAUUCAGGAAAAAUCCCUCCAGCACUUGGAUUAUGAAACCUUGUGGCAAAGCUCAAGGAAAAGGAAUAUUUCUAAUCAAUAAACUCUCCCAAAUUAAAAAAUGGUCUCGAGACAGCAAAACGUCUUCGUUUGUAUCUCAGUCUUCCAAAGAAGCCUAUGUGAUUUCUCUCUAUAUUAACAAUCCAUUACUUAUUGGUGGAAAGAAAUUUGAUCUUCGUCUCUAUGUUUUAGUAUCUACAUAUCGUCCACUGAGAUGUUACAUGUAUAAACUUGGAUUUUGCCGGUUUUGCACAGUAAAAUAUACACCAAGUACAAGUGAACUGGAUAACAUGUUUGUACAUCUUACAAACGUUGCCAUUCAGAAACAUGGGGAUGAUUACAAUCAUAUCCAUGGAGGCAAAUGGACAGUGAGUAACUUACGCCUGUAUCUGGAGAGCACACGUGGAAAGGAAGUCACAAACAAAUUAUUUGAUGAAAUUCACUGGAUAAUUGUGCAGUCACUGAAGGCUGUGGCGCCUGUAAUGAAUAAUGAUAAACACUGCUUUGAGUGUUAUGGAUAUGACAUUAUCAUUGAUGACAAGCUUAAACCAUGGCUAAUUGAGGUUAAUGCUUCCCCUUCUCUUACUUCCAGUACCGCUAAUGAUCGGAUCUUGAAGUAUAAUCUUAUUAAUGACACACUUAACAUUGCUGUGCCUAAUGGGGAAAUUCCAGACUGUAAGUGGAAUAAAUCUCCACCAAAAGAAGUUCUUGGCAAUUACGAAGUCUUAUACGAUGAAGAGAUGGCACAAAGCGAUGGUCCCGAUCGUGACUUGCGCAGUCGUCCUGGGCAAUCCACUGGAGCAAAAGGAAAUCGUGCAAAAGAUUCAGGAAAGCCUGUACUGACCACCUGGAAGUGAUAACAGGAGAAACAGCUGCACUCGUGGUAGGAAGGCAUCAUGAACAAAAAUGUGGGUUUUGAACAGAUUCGUCUACUGUGCUACCUUGCAUAUGAGAAAUAUUAAAAGAGGACAGUACAGCUGUUGAAAAGGAGUGAAGCAAGCAAUAUAAAAGCAGCAACUGUACAAGACAUACAUUGAUUUAAUGAUUAUCCCAAUAAUUAUAUAUAUAGUGUGUAUGUAUAUAUGAUUAUUUUGUACAUACGUACUUUCUAUAUCCUAAUAUUCUCCCAGUAAUGAUUGAGAACUUUCUUUAUAAAGAUAACUCAAAACGUGCAUUCUGAAAGAACCCCCUUGCUGUUCUGAAUAUAAUUUAUUUCUUCUGUAACCUGUCCCUAGCUCCCGAUAAUAAAUAAGCUGUGAAUUCAGUAA